UCUCUCCGGCGCACACACUCGCGGCUGCUUCCAUCUAUCCAUGCAGUUCACUUCAUUGUACUGACUGUGAGCAUCAAUUAGGCAAGAAUUAAGCCCUGUUAGAAGAAAUAAUUGUCUUGUAGGCUUUCGAAGAGGAUUAUAGACCGCGUACAGAGGCUCAGAUAAGUUUUGAGUGCGGGAAAGCGGAGAGAAACGAAACACAGCUAUGCCCUCUGUGAUGGAGCGCUCGGGGGCUGGGGUCCUGUCCAGGAGCAGGGCCAAAACGGUAACCAAUGGCAACAGUCAGCCACACUCUGAGGAGGAGAGCAGCGAUGAAGAACAUGCACAUGACAGCAUGAUCAGAGUGGGAGGAGACUACCAGGCCCAGAUCCCUGAGUUCAAACCAGAUAGUCCUUCCCGCUACAAUGAGAAGGACCAGAGGAGCAUGCUGGUCUGGUGUCCCAACACUCAGCUCUCUGAUGCAGUGUUGGACGAAUACAUCCUAAUGGCUAAAGAAAAGCAUGGGUACAACAUGGAGCAGGCUCUGGGCAUGUUGUUAUGGCACAAACAUGACGUGGAGCGGUCACUAGCAGACCUGGCCAACUUCACCCCUUUCCCAGAUGAGUGGACAGUGGAGGACAAAGUGCUGUUCGAGCAAGCGUUCAGCUUCCAUGGAAAAAGUUUCCAUCGUAUCCAGCAGAUGCUUCCAGACAAGUUAAUCUCCAGCCUUGUGAAGUACUACUACAGCUGGAAGAAGACCAGAACCAGGACCUCCGUCAUGGACCGGCAGGCCAGAAGGCUAAUCAACAAGAGGGAGAAGGAUGAUAGUAACGAUGAUGUAGAGGAAGGAGAGCCAGGCAGCGAUAGUGACUUUGACCAUGAUGCAAAGAAAGAGGCAGUGAAACAGAACCCCAGCAGCACCAUCUCAGACAAAGUCCCGGACAAAGCCACUCGCUCAGGGCCCGUCAAGAAGGAGAGCAUUGGUGCUCAGUACAGGCACCACCCGCUCAGAGCGCGCCGCAGGCCCCCCAAAGGCAUGCACCUGGACCAGGGAGACAUCACCUCUCUGUCUGCCUCCCACGAUGCCGGAGUUGUAACUGUCCGUCAGCUGGACGCACAGCUGGUUUCACUCAAGAGACAGGUUCAGUCUAUUAAGCAGAACAGCAGCAGUUUGAAACUAAACCUGAAUGAUGGUCUGGAUGUAUUUAGACCCACUGAGUCUGCCCCUAAGAUGAACUCUCGUUGGACUUCAGAGGAGCAGCUGCUCGUUGUUCAAGCCAUCCGUCGAUACGGCAAAGACUUCACAGCCAUUGCUGAAGUGAUAGGCACCAAAACCCCAGCUCAGGUGAGCUCGUUCUUCGGUAGCUACCGGCGGCGCUUCAACCUGGAUGAGGUUCUGAGGGAGUGGGCGGCCGAGCAGGUGGCAACCAGCCGAGACCAGAGAGACCCCCGGAGGAGCAGCGAGGACAUGACAGCCCCUGCAGACGGAGUCGCAGCGGAAGAGGAGGUCAAAAUGGAGGACUCCUCCCAGGACACCACUGGCAGCUCCUCUCCUCCCUCCUCCACUAAGAACCCCUCCUCCCUCUCGCAGCCCCCUCCGCUGCUGCGCCCGGCUCCUCCCUCAGCACCCCCGAGCCUCCUCCGCCAGCCACCUCCUCUUCAGACACGGCCGCUCCAGAACAGAGCGCCUCACAACCACCCUCCCCCACCGCUCAUCCGGCCCGCAGCCACCUCCUCCUCCAGCCUUCGGGGCUCCCCCCCCAGCUCUUCCCUGGCCGCGGCCCAGAUGCCUCCAUCGCUGGUCGGGCUCAAAGUGGAGCAGCCAAAUUCACACUGAUGUACUCGGAGGAAUCAAACCCACUAAUUGGCCCACAUCCGCACACAAUGCUCUCUGUAACGCCCUCACUUCUGGAAUAUUCCCCAUCACGUCAUCAUCUGGUCACUCAGGCACCGGGGGUGACAUCAUUACUGAAAAUCACCCUCUAGUGAUCAGAGGCCCCUAUAUUCUACUUAAACACACCUACCUCCAGAUUAGUUCUCUAGUACACACGGCACCAACAGCUUAAGCGUACACACACACACACACACAUCACUCAGCAAAUCAAAGUCAGACCCUGCAUCCCUGAGCUGAUGAAGCCACGACCACAAAUAGAAGCCCACCUGCUUGUCUCCAUGGUAACAGCUGUACAUCUGGACAAUGGAGGAAUGUGGUCAAACAGACACAUAUAUAUAUAUAUAUACACACACAUACUGUAUAUUCCACUGGAAUUAAGUUAUAUAAACAAAUUUCAGCGAAAAUAAACUUUACGGGUCGUGUGAAAAUAAAUUCACACUUUUCCUCCUGAACUUUGCUUUAAUACUUCGACCCUCAAAGAGGACCAAAAGGUACAUUUGGAGAGAAACCGGAUUCUGUAGUCCUGCUGAGUUUGUUGUUCUGGUUUUUGAUGCCCGAGUUUGUUGAUUUCCAGUUGGGCGAAAAAAAGGUUGAAAGGACGAGAUGGACUCUUCUAGCCAUGUAUAACUAGUGUUAACUGGGGUUGUGAACUUUUUGUUGACUAGUUGAGCCAGCGGUAGUUAGUGGAUGUUCGUAGUUUAGAUUGUGAAUACUUAAUUAUGGUUGACUGAGCACUACGGAGAGAAGGGAGCGCGAUACGAGUUGGGACCGAGCUCGACUCUUGCAGCUUUUCACUUCAGAAGUCAUUUCAGCACUUAGCACUGAAAACACGCUUCUGUGCCAGAACAAGCCUUCCCUGCCCUCCCACGCUUUAGUGUCCACUGGAGAAAAGUCUCAGAGAGCUGAAAAAGCACAGUGUUUAACUCGUCGGUCUGCUCGCAUCGCAGCUCUGGAGAAGCCUCCCAAAUAAGGGAGGGAACCACACCUUGUUUAAGCGGUACCUCUUUGGUUCCCGGGACCUGCGUCCCCGGAUGCUUCCCGAUGGCUCAAGAACAACGGGAGCGCCCGGUUUCUUUCAGUAUCGCACCGCUUUAGUUCAGGACAGUGGCUGAGCUGCAUCACUGCCUUACAGGAGG